AGGACGUUUCCUGUGUGGGACUUCCGCCCGGCUGACCCCUGUGUGUGCCUGCACGUUGAGAAGACAUCAUGUCGUCCCUGCAGGAGCUGCCGCUGGAGACUUCGCUGAGCCGUGAGGCCGAGAUUGAGGACGAUGACGACGAAGAGCUGGAUGAGACUCUAUCAGAGAGGCUUUGGGGUCUGACAGAAAUGUUCCCGGAAAUGAUGCGUGGUGUGGCUGGUGUCACCUUUGAUUAUUCUGUUUGUGCCGCCAAAAAGUUUUACAGUUUCUCCCGUUCAGCGCUCUGGAUAGGAACAACAUCCUUUAUGAUCCUGGUUUUGCCAGUGGUGUUUGAAACGGAGAAGUUGCAGUUGGAGCAGCAGCAGCAGUUACAGAAUAGACAGCUUCUUCUGGGACCCUCUGCAGCGAUGUCCGGUUCUCUCCCCCCAAUGCCGGGAAAAGUCUAAUUUUCCAUCAUCUUCAUACAUUGAGAUUUUUUUUUGCUGAUUGGAAGUCUGUGUAGUCCUUAAGUGCUCUGCAAGGUGACAAGAUUUUUUUUUUAUUUUUGGAAUGUCCAACCCAUCAGAAGUGGUGUCCCUCACUGAAUGUUGGGCAAACAGGAGCUUACUAGAUAAAGAUGCUGGUUUCCAUUCAUUCUAUGCUGCUAUCACCUCCAGUACUUUUCAGCAAUACUGAAGAGCUUAAUCCGUAUGAUAGAGCAUCUGAGGAUCAACCGCUGCAGAAGAAACAGUGAUAAAUGGUGUUUUGAGGUUUUCCAGUCACAGCUAAAGUCAACAAAGGUUAAAUGCGGUUGAUUUUGCACGUUGGCGGUUAGUGCCCACCGUUGCCCGUGACAUCACUAUUGGUGUCCAGUAAUGUCCUCUAGUGUUACAGAUCAAGCAAUAAAGAUUCAGCAGGUAAAGGUUAGUCUGAUUAUUCCACUGGACACCUCUGAGAUGUGUGAUGCUACAAGCGCUGAUAAACCUCUUUAAAUUCCAUACUGUUCUCACUCUAGUCCCUGAGAUACAAAAUGAAGCCUGCCCUGUACCCUGGAUAUACUUGUAGUUUACUGGUGAAGCAGAAUGAAUAUCUCCAUAUACAGGGGCCCAGAUCCCCUUGCUUAUAUCAGACACUGCAGCCGCGUAGAUGCUAAAUAGCUCUGCUUGUCCCUUUCUGUGCUUAGAGGAUCUGCCCUGGAAGAACAAUUGCACCAUAAAGACAAGUCGGUCAAUCUUAUGGUUUUAUAAGUGAAUAAUGUUCAUACUGCCGGACUUUUAAUGAGAUGAUUUGGUUCAACUCGUCAUACGUAUAUAAUCCUUCUUUUUUUUUUUUUUUUUUUUUUUUUUUACUUAUUAAAACAAAUUAUGGAAGUUUAUUUUCCUUUAUUGCUCUUUUAUUGUUUAAAUGCUGUCGGAUACUAUGCUGCUUUUUAAUAUGAAUCUACAGCCCCAAGGUAUCAUUUAAUUGGUGCCACACACCAGUGCUAAUUGGUAGGUAUGCUGUUUCCCUAGUGCACGGGGCACACUUAUCAACACCAAUUAGCCCAGGUGCUUGUAUGUGAAGCUGAGCUGGGGAUAAAUACAGAGAGAGGGCACCAAAAAGUGUCUGACUUAGGUUAAAAUCUUUAAGCUUUAGUAUUUAAGGUGGGUUAGUGGUGUGGUGUUUAUGCCUUGUGUGCUACAGGUUAUUGGUUUGAUCCCCAGUGCAGGUGCGUGUGGUUAUUAUAUGUGUAGGUCAAAGGCGAGGGGAUAAUACAUAUAUACACACUCGCACGCACAUAUAUAAGGCAUUUAAUAAAGCUGACGGCUUUUGUCUCCAAAAAGACCAACUCAAGAUGGCAGCUGGAGGCGCAGGUUCAGGGGUAAUUUGGAGAAACCAUUGAUUUGUGGAACGGAGAUGGUAAAACCAAAGACAGGAAUAUCUGAUGUGAAUAAGGCUGUACUGAGAAUUACACAAUAAACACAACUUGAUAUUAGUUGUAACUAGACAA